CAGUACAUCAUAAAUAUGUGCAUUUCUAUUUUUAAAGGUAACCACAACACCUACACACACAGCAAGAGUUCUACGUACAAGACUAGCGGGAAAAAGUUCCAUGUGAAAUAUGGCAGUGGUGAAGUGUAUGGUUUCGUCUCCCAAGAUAACAUAGCGGUAGCCAAUCUUCAGGUUCAAGAUCAAACUUUUGGUGAGGCAACAUUCAUCGAUACUCAAACUGCUGAUUCACAGUUCGAUGGCAUUUUCGGGCUCGCCUACCCUGCUAUUUCCGAAAUGCAGACUAACCCUCCUUUUGUGAACAUGAUCAAACAGGGAGUCGUUAAUGAACCCGUCUUCGCAUUCUAUCUCAAUAAAGCAAGUGACUCGUCAUCGGGUGACUCGUCAUCUGGUGAAGGUGCUGAAUUGGUCCUUGGAGGUGUGGAUCCUAACCACUAUACCGGAGACUUCACGUACACUCCUGUAAUCGAGCAAACAUACUGGAAGAUACAAAUCGAUGGCAUUACGUUGGGAUCUAACGAGAUCUGCUCUACCUAUCCCGCCAUCCCAGACUCCGGGACCAGUCUGUUGUAUGGGCCUUCAGAGUUUACCGAUCAGAUCAACCAGGCUAUAGGCGGUGAAGAGAGUGACGGAACUUAUAUCGUGGACUGCACAACAAUAGACAGCUUGCCAGAUGUUACGAUCUACAUUAGUGGAAAGCCUUUCGUACUUCACCCUCAGGACUACAUUAUCUCGAUGCCAACAGAAAGUGGAGAAGAUGUCUGUGUGAGCACAUUUAUUGGCUCCGACAACCUCUCAUUCUUUAUUCUGGGAGAUGUGUUUAUGCGCAAGUACUACACGGUGUUCGACAUGGGGAACAACCAGGUUGGGUUUGCCCUUGCUCAGUAGACAAGAACCGUCCACAACUGUGUGGCUCAGAUGGUCGAGGAUUAACAAUGGAUUGCGUCCCAGUACUUGAAUUUGCAUCUACAUUAUUAUGAUAUAUUAUAUAUAAGUUAAAGAAUGUAGUCGGAUGGAUUAAAGUAAAAUAAAUACACUUUAAAGUCA